AUGGUUGGUUGUGCAGCUGUCGGUUGCUCAAGUUCGAGUACGAAAGGGAAAAAGAUGUUCAGGUUCCCCUGGAGCGAAGAAAAAAAAAUGAAGUGGGUUGUGGCAGUAAGGAGAGCCACGGUGAGUGGUAGCCUCUGGAUACCAAGCGUCGGAGCCAGAGUAUGCCAAGACCACUUCGUCACAGGCGCACCUAGCAAAGAUCCACACCAUGUUGACUACGUGCCAUCGAUAUUUUGGCACGACGAGAGAGCAACUGAGGCGUCAAGACGGAAGCGUGAAAGAUACCACAGGCACACGGCUUUAACGGAAAAACGCACGGCCGCAGUGCAACAUGCAGCCGGGGCUGGCAUUCAUCCUGUGACAUGUGUGACACAGCAGCCAACGGCCGCAGGAUAUCACGCUAGCGGUACCGCCGAAGAAUCUAGGGACACAGCAGUAGUCAGUGAUUCUAACUGCAACGACACACAAGGAGCCAGUGUUUCCGAAGACGAGGACAUCGCACCAGUGGAAGAAAAUGACGCGUCGGGAACGUCUUUCGACGAAGCGUUAGCUGAUUUUAACUGCAACAACACGCAAGGAGCCAGUGUUUCCGAAGACGAGGACAUCGCACCAGUGGAAGAAAAUGACGCGUCGGGAACGUCUUUCGACGAAGCGGUAGCUGAUUUUAACUGCAACGACACACAAGGAGCCAGUGUUUCCGAAGACGAGGACAUCGCACCAGUGGAAGAAAAUGACGCGUCGGGAACGUCUUUCGACGAAGCGGUAGCUGCACGCACGUAAGAUCUUACUGCUUCGUGACGAUCUACUGAAGCGGUAG